CACGAAAAAUAUGGUGAUUUUUAUGCCUCUCAUUUUGAUAUUGUGCUUAAACGUUGUAGAUGCAGGUCGUAGAACAAAAUGACAAGACUCCACCUCUAGGAAGUUUACUGAUUUUCAUCGUUUUGAUGUAGCAAGUUUAUUUAUUACAAUAUAUUAUAUAGACAUAAAAUGAGAAUUCGAAAGAGAGAUGUCCGAAAACGUACGAAAAAAGCUCGAGGUGUAAAGCUUGCUUGGAAAAGGAGACGGGCAGUUGCUGAAUUACUUAAUGAAAUAGUAGAUACCGUCGCUGAUGAAGCUGAUGGAAGGAUCACAGUUCGUGCACCGCCUGUCGCUGCAUUAUAUAUUACUUCUUCCCAAUCUUCACAGGCUAGCACAUCGUCAGAAAUUUUUUGCCCAAGAACGCCGCCAAAUAUAAAAUCAGAAGACGAUAACGAUAUUUACAAUUUCUUAGAUACAAAUUUAUUGGAAGAUAUUAAGGGCAUUGAUCCAUUGGCAAUUAACGACAAAAAAUUACUGGGAUGUCGAAUAGUAAAUAUCGAUUACUUUUUAAAGAAAUCUAUGUCAUUGCAAAUGCUACACAACCAAAACUGCAGUGGUGGCUCCUUGGAGAUAGCAGGGGAGAAAAGGCAGGGUUUAAAAAGCACGUUUAUAUUAAAGUGUAACGUUUGCGACGAAGAAGUCGAAAUUUGUAACGAAGAACCGACACUUGAUAACGAAUCUACAUUAAACAAAGCAGCUGCAUGGGCAACUGCUUGUACAGGCAGCACGUAUAAGCAUAUGACCGAGUUCUUUAAUGUACUUGACAUACCGUGUCUUUCAAGAAAUUCGUUCGUUGCCAUCCAAAAAGAAUUGGAACAGGCUUGGCAAAACUGUUUGUGGAGAAAUUUGGAGGAAGCUGGCGAAGAAGAGUAUUCAGCAGCCAUUGAAAGAGGACACGUAGAUAGUGAUGGUGUCCCAUAUAUUACGGUUUAUGUCGACGGAGGAUGGUCUAAACGUAGUUACGGACACACAUGCAACGCAUUUUCCGCAGUUGCCGUCAUUAUUGGCAAACAUACUGGCAAACUUUUGUUGGUUGGGGUACGCGACAAAUAUUGUAGUAUUUGCGCACGAGCUGAAUAUAAAAACUAUGAACCCAAAUAUCAUAUAUGUUUUAAAAAUUGGGCCAGCUCAUUGUUUUCUGCGGAGCAGGAUGUUCUUGUGGAAGGAUUCAAUUGCAGUUUAAAAAUGCAUAAUUUAAGAUACAAAAAAUUUGUGGCUGAUGGCGAUUCGUCAAUGUACACAACGAUCAAGGAGAACGUGUCCUAUGGACAACAAGUAGAAAAAAUCGGAAGUAUGAAUUACGCUCUCUUAAAUUAUGAAAACAGUUUGUACAAAAUUCAGAAAGAUACAGAAGGGGUGCCAGAUGCGGCCCGAAAAUUAUUAACCACAGAAAUUAUAGAUGAACUAACCAAGUCGGUCCAAAUAGCAAUUUAUGCCAACUAUCAAGACGUGGAGAACUUAAAAUUAGGAAUUCGGAACACUCUGUAUCAUGUCUUUGGAAAUCAUAUGUCCUGCCCUUCAUACUUGUGUAAUAACAUUGGUAAUACAGCUGAAGACAAAACGCAGGAAUUAACAGAGUCAGGACUCCACCACCAUGUUUAUGGUGCGAUGACUCGGUUAUUAACAAACACGGAUUUGUUAAUGGAUAAAGAAACCAGUAACCAAGCGGAAAUCUUCAUGAGUAUACUGGUUAUGUUCGAUGUCUGUAAACGCCCCAAUUUAAUUCAAAGUGAUUCCUUCCAAAUGAGAGCUUACUUGACGGGAUUACGUUAUAGUGGAGGUCUUGAUUGGCACACUUAACCGUGGUAGUAAAGAGGCCCGGGAUUUCCAAGUAAAAUAUAUGGAUACGUGAAACAGAAACAUGCAAAAGCAGAAAGAAGAUCCGUAAUUGUUCUAUUCAAAGUAUAUUGAGUAAUGCAGAAGUUUUUUCAUGCUUGAAGAUAAGUGGUGAAGACCAUUUGCAUUGUUCAGCUUUUAGUUUUGGAAACAUGUGUUUGAUAUUUUCGAGGGUGCCAGUUUUUUUUUUAAUAACACUCAAGUAGUGUUUUAGAAGCAGUACCUGUUUAUCAAAGAACUAAUAAAAUUAAACAAAAAAUUCCAAAACGCAAUAUUAUACCGAAAAAAUGAAGAUAGCUAACAUUCAGAAGAAAUGGGAUAAAUACUAUUAAAAUACGAAGAAAUUGAUUUAGACCGACAUUUAUUUAGAACACUUUUUUGUAUUGAGACACACUGUAUAUAAAACUAAACUGGUU